AUGUCGACUCCGCGUGUAUUCCUCAUUCGUCAUGGCGAAACAGAGUGGUCACUCGACGGUCGCCAUACGGGUCUGACUGACAUUCCCCUUACCGCUGUUGGUGAGAAGCGUGUCAGAGCAACAGGGAAGGCUCUUGUUGGUCCCGAUCGCCUUAUCGCCCCCAAGAAGAUUGCUCACAUCUAUGUUUCACCUCGAAAGCGUGCUCAGCGCACCUUUGAGCUUCUCAACAUUGGAUUGAACCGUCCUCUUCCUUGGACACCUCAUGGCGCUCCAGGUGGUAUUGGUCUCCAGUGUGAGGCCGAGGUUGAGGUCACAGACUACAUCCGAGAGUGGGACUAUGGCAACUAUGAAGGCAUCACAUCACCAGAAAUUCGCAAAAUUAGAGCUGAACAGGGUCUGAAAGGGUCAUGGGAUAUCUGGCAGGACGGUUGUCCUGGAGGAGAGAGUCCUCACGAUGUCACUCGAAGGCUUGACCAAUUGAUAGAGGAGAUUCGAGAGAAAUGGCAUAAGCCAGCUAUGGACGUUGGCAGUGAUCAGUGUGGUGAUGUCUUACUUGUUGCUCACGGUCACAUUCUACGUGCCUUCGCGAUGAGAUGGGCAGGUUACGCAUUGCGAGAAGGGCCAACUUUCUUACUGGAGGCAGGCGGUGUUGGAACCCUUAGCUAUGAGCAUCACAGAAUCGAAGAGCCAGCUCUUCUCCUUGGCGGCGCAUUCGUGGUUGAAUUUGACAACCAAGAUGCCUAG